GCUCUUGAAUCGAAGAAGACUCUUGGUGGAUAAGGUGAAGAGAAUGUCUAUGGACGGGUCCAAGGAUUUAAUUAAGUCCUAACUCGCAAGGAUGUAGGAUUUCAUGCCGCCUUCUGCUUCUCCCUUGCCUCCUCUGUUUUCAUGGUCACGAACUCCGGCGGCUCCGAUUCCCCUCAUUGGUACGAUUUUGCAGCUUUCAGAUUCGUUCUCGCUGCAAACUCAAUAGUGGCGCUGUACUCCCUCUUCGAAAUGGCCGCCUCCGUCUGGGAGAUCUCCCGCGGAGAUACUCUCUUCCCCGAAAGCCUCCAGGUCUGGUUCGACUUCUGCCAUGACCAGGUGUUUGCUUACCUUUUGAUAUCGGCGGCGUCGGCUGGAACAGAGCUGGCGAGGACGCUGAAGGGGAAGGAGACAUGUACUGCGACGAACGCAUUCUGCAAUUAUAGCAUUAUAACAUGCAAUUUGGGACUGGGUUCACGAAACCCAGUAGCUGGGUUUCAUGAACCCAGGUCUUGGGUUCCUCAUGGAACCCCCUUGCUGGGUUCGCGGAGGAAGAAGGUUGGGAAAGAGGAAGGGGCGGAGGGAUAAGAGAGAAGAAGGGAGGAAGAAGAAGAAGAAUAUAAUAAUAAUGAAUUAUGUGAGUUUUU